AUGCUAGAGGACUACUUUUCGAUCCAGAUCUUCUUCAUCAUCUUCCGCGAGGUGUUGGAGACCGCCAUCAUCAUCUCGGUGCUCCUCUCGUUCAUCGACCAGCGUCCCAAACGCGCCGACGGCAAAGAUGACUCGCGGCGCCUUAAGAUCCAGGUGUGGGCGGGAGCGGUGCUUGGUCUCGCCAUGUGCCUUGUCAUUGGCCUCGUCUUCAUCGUGAUGUUCCUCUACUUCGAGCUGGACUACUGGAGCUACGCCGAACGCUUGUGGGAAGGCGGCUUCUCGAUCCUUGCCCUGGUGGUGAUCACGGUGAUGGGGCUCGGGCUUUUGCGCAUCAACAAGGUGAUGAAAGUGAAGUGGUGGGUCAAGCUUGGCGACGCCUACAACCACGAACAGCCUCGGGUCCGUCGCAGUGUCGAUAGUGACGACUCCAACGCCGAGCUUCUCGCCGCCACCACCGACGAUGCCGUGGAUGCGGUGGCCCGGCCCCUGGGGAAAAAGUCGCUUUACCAACGGUACUUUUUGGCGUUUCUCCCCUUCAUCACCACGUUGAGAGAAGGGCUCGAGGCGGUGGUGUUCGUCGGGGGUAUCGGGCUCUCGCUGCCGCCGCUGUCGAUCCCGCUCUCGGUGUUAUCGGGCGCGAUCGUGGGGGCCAUUGUCGGCUACGUGUUAUACCGGGGAGGCAACAAGCUUUCCCUCCAAUACUUUUUGAUUUUACUGACGUGCUUUCUCUACGUGGUCCUGGCGGGACUCAUGCUGCGCGGGGUGUGGUUCUUCGAGCUUGAGAGCUAUGUCCGCAAAUGCAACGGGUUCGAUCCCCUGGAAACGGGGUCGGGCCCCGGUCUGUACGACAUUGCCAACCUGGUGUGGCACGUCAAUUGCUGCAAUGGUCUCACCGAUGGCUGGUGGAUGGUGGCCAACGCCAUCGUGGGGUGGACUAACCUGGCCACCUACGGGCUGGUAUCGCUGUACCUUGUCUACUGGGGGCUUGUCAUUGGGUGGCUCAAGGCUCGGUUGUUUGAAGAGCGCCACGGCUACUUGCCGUUAGUGCCCCUUAAAUGGCAGCAAAAGCGCAUUCGCAAGAAGAUCAAACUUUACGAGGCAGUGCUUCAGCAAGAGCCCCAGCCAGUGCCGGCGGAGGCUGAGCGAGAGGCUGAUGCCGUCGCUCUUUUGGGUUAA